AUGCGGGCAGAGGUAAGGAAGUGAAACGAGAAGGGAAACAAAUAAAAACAGAAAGAACAGAGAGGUGGUUGUCAAAACGACCCCAUUAAUCGGCCCAAACGCCUCAUAAACACUCAUUUAUUAAGAUGGCAUAGCGAUAAUCAAUGGGUUUGAGUCCCAAACCUACGGCUAAAGAGAGCUGUUCGCUUUUUAUAAACACAAGGGUAAGAAAACGUACGAGGCAUAAACUUAUAGUAAACACAAAUAUGAGCUGGAAGGCAUGGACUAUAAUUUGGCCAAUUUUGCAAGAAAACUUUAAAGCAAAGUAAAAAAAUCAUCUUUAAGCAAAAUAUCUACUCAAUCUAAGCCUAUUAAGCCUAAGCCUACUGAGCCUAAGCUUACUAAGCCUAAGCCUACUAAGCCUAAGCCUACUAAGCCUAAGCCUACUGAGCCUAAGCUUACUAAGCCUAAGCCUACUAAGCCUAAGCCUACUAAGCCUAAGCCUAUUAAGCCUAAGCCUACUAAGCCUAAGCCUACUGAGCCUAAGCCUACUAAGCCUAAGCCUAUUAAGCCUAAGCCUACUAAGCCUAAGCCAACUGAGCCUAAGCCUACUAAGCCUAAGCCUAAGCCUAAGCCUAAGCCUAAGCCUAAGCCUAAGCCUAAGCCUAAGCCUAAGCCUAAGCCUAAGCCUGAGCCUGAGCCUAAGCCUAAGCCUAAGCCUACUAAGCCUAAGCCUACUAAGCCUAAGCCUACUAAGCCUAAGCCUACCAAGUUUAAGCCUACUAAUCCUAAUCCCACUGAACUCAGACAUAAUAAGCCUAAAGUAUCCUGCAUCCCCUGCCCAAUCCUGUUCCCUACUAACAAUAUCAGUACCAGUGUACCAUAA